UAUAAUUGUCCUCCUAUUUCAAAGAGUUUUCAUAUAUCGUACUUUCAUUUGUUUCUCCGUGUGACCAACGUGAUCAUAUGUAAGGCCUAAUAUUUAGAUCGUGUUACAUCCAUUAGAAAAUUGUAUGUGAAGUAAUUUCCAGUCCAUAAAGUCCGGUGAGUUCCAAAUAGAAAUGUUAUUUGGUUUGCUCUGUGUGACAAGUUUGAAGCAUUGAAUAUGUUUCAUUUAUAGUGUGUCGUGAAAACUUAGAGCGUAGGUAUGUUUGUGAUAAGGGUUGUUUGUUCGGCGUUUAAAGCGCGGAAACAUGACUCAAAAUCGCAAUUUCCAUAUAAGAACCUUGGAAAAGUCCUGACAAUUAACAAUUGGGAUUACUGAAGAAGUUCAAUAAUCAUGGAUAUUCCUCGUCUUGUAUCUGAUGUUUUGAGUGUCAUCACCAUAUCUUUAUGUCUCAUUUUGAAGAUACCGCAAAUAAUAAACCUGUAUAAAGUCAAAAGUGCUGAAGGCUUAAAUAUUUAUGGAUUACUUUUAGAACUUUCAAGUUAUACCAUAAUGACCUGUUAUAAUUAUUGCAAUGGAUAUGCCUUACUGUCAUACAUGGAGUAUCCAAUAAUUUUAGUUCAAGAAAUAAUUCUUAUAUACCUUGUUUUAUUGUACAUGAACUUAUUAAAUGCAUUCAGUGUUGGAGCUUUUGGAAUAUAUUUAACUAUUACUGCUUCGUUUCUUUUGGAAAUAUUUCCCAAAUCAAUAUUAUCAUUUUUGGCACCCUUAUGCACCCCAGUUUCUGCUUCAAGUAAAAUAGUUCAAUUGUUGGAAAUAUUAAGAUCAAAGAAUUCAUCAUCAGUUAGUGUCCUGACUUGGUUUUUAUCAGCUUUUACAAAUAUGACUCGUAUAUAUACAAUUUACAUGGAUUCUGCUGAUGUCACUUUAUUAGCAAAUUUUACUAUAUCUACUUUCCUUAGUACAUCAAUUAUGCUGGCAGCAAUAUAUUUCAAAAAAGAAAAAGGAGAUUGAAAGAAGAAAAUUAAUUUAUUAGUGGCACCUUUUUUUUCCAAAAUUCUUGUGAACUGUUGUUUUUAAAGUGUUUUGAAAUGGGUAUGUAUUGUUUAAAAUUCGUUGUGCUGCUCAGAUAUGUAUAAUCUAUUAAAGUGAUGUCAGUAUUUUGUCAUAUAACCAUGGCUAUGGCAUCCUUUAGCACCAGUCUCUUUUUAAUGCGUAAACAAUGCAAAGUGAGUAAAAUCUUUUAACAUAUAAUGUAUGAUAUGCUUUUUGCUCUUCAUCUUGCACUGAAUUUGAAAGUCAUUUUAACAUGAUGCAGAAUGCCUAAUAUUCUAAAGACAUUAAUAGACUGAGCUGUAAAAUAUCUACGAGUAUGAGAAAUGUGAUUUACUUAGUAACAAAAGAUUUAUUAUACUUGUUGACACUUAGUGCACUGUUUAGAAAUUUCGAUAAUGAAAGGAACAGGUGUAAAUUGGCAGUCAGAUGUGUUGUAAUAAUGUCAAUCUGUGAUUUAGUAUGAAAUAAGCUUUUCUUUUUUCCUUUUUUCCAAAAAAAAGUACAUAUUUAAGUGUUAAGGAUUUAGUGGGAUUUGAGGCAUUCUGAAUUUAUACAAUUCUUCAGUACAUUACUGCAAAUAGCCAAAACAUGUUUUGGUGUUACAUUGUACAGAAUGCUUUGUAAUCAAAUUGCAUCAGAGAUAGUAAUUUUGAUUUUGAUUCAUUUUCAUACUCAACUGUAGGUGCUUUUAAAAUCCUUCGUGUGAUAGUAUUAGCAUCAGCAUUAGCUGUGUCAGUAGAAUAGUACUAUUAAUUUUUAACCCACUACUAAUACUUCCCUAUUGCUCUUUGUGUCAGUUAUAGUUCUCUCUUUUCGUUUAUGAUUUGUUCUCUGCACUGAACCAUUGUUAUUAUUAAGAGUUAGUUUUGUGAGUAAGAAGGUCCGUUUUGCUCAGACUGUUAGUAUUAGAGGUGAGAAUUUCAUAGAACGAUGGUUUUUGGUGGCUUCUCAUUUGCACUUGCAUGCAAUAUGAUUGAAUAAUAGUGUUGAAGAAAUUCAUAGAUGCAUUUUUGUUGUGGAUAACUGUUUCUACUGAAUGCUGUAAAAUAGUUGAUAUUAGUGUGUAACACAUUUAUCUCAUAGUAAAAAAAAAAAAUUGAAAAUGUAAUAGGUAAAAAUUAGUGGGUUUGUAAAUGUUUUUAAACUUUUGUAAUACUUGUUGAUUUAAUUGACAAUGUUACAAAUAGGAUGCAUUUACCUUUCUUUUAAGGUGAAAAAGUGCAUGAUUUUUAUUUGCAUUUUGUUUGCAAGAAGAUCUUCGAUAUUUGUCAGCCUCUUCUAGCCUCAGAUGAGCUCUAACUCAACUCUAACAAAGUUACUUCUAAAACAAAUUAUAAGUUAGUUUUAUUUGUUUCUUGUUAAUAAUUUUUCAUUGUAACAUAAGUUAAGAAAGUGAUUGAGGUUGUUACACCUCUAAUAAGUCAAUCACUUAAUGUAUUUGUGUUACAUAAUCUUUUUCUGGCUGUGAUAAAUAAUUUUCAUAUCAUUAACUGUAAUGAUGUGUUAAAAUGAAUUGAAUGAAAUGCAUUGUUGUUGUAUUUGGUGAAAUGUUAUUUAUUCCAUUGUAUAUUUCAUCUUCCCUGUAAGAAUUAUCCACCUCUGUUGGUUGGAUCUUUUACUUAAGAAUGAUAAGAAAUAUAAUGAAACUGUAUUACAGGGUAUUAAGUGUGUAUAUCAUGAAAAUGUGUAUUGAACAGAUGAUGCAUUAUGAAAUUUCAUGUCUUCCAAAAUCACAAAUUGAAGAUUUUAAUUUGUUUUAUCAAAAAUAUGUUGAAUUGGUUGUAAUGUAUUUGACGCACAAGACUUAUGUUCUAUAUUGAAUGUUGAAAUAAAUAUUAUUAUUCCUAUGAUUUAGGGAAAUGUAGAUGAAGCAGAGAUGUAUGUGAGAAAAUAUUUUCUGAAUAAAGUAACACCACACGCUUAA